AUGUUUGGCCUUAAAAUCCUUCCCGUCCUUCUCGUUUGGUCUGUGUCAUUGAGCUGGACUGCAGCCGACAAAAUUCCAAAUGUCCUUUACCGAUUAGACUUUCUAUCCCCGGUCCAUUUGGAGAAAUGGGGCCUUACCAGUCGAGGGGAAUGUCAUGGACUCGUCGACAAUACCAUAACCUAUGCCGAACACAAGGAUUUAUAUUCCCAACUCGAAGGAACUGAUCAACAUCACUGUGGCGGAUAUCGCAAAAGUCCGUUCAUCUCGUUGUCAGCCAACUUAAGAUACCUUUUAAAUUAUCGCAGACCCGACCCCCAUAAGAGAAAUGACGUCCGUUACGUCUACCACGUUAACACCAAUUGGAGAAAAUCGAACUUCUUUGAUGCCAGCAAACUACUUGAAGGCAAGGUCGAUCUUGAAACUUUGGCGGAGGUGAAGGAAUUUGGGACCAAGGAAAAGAUCAUUUGGAAAAUGGUUAUGGGAUGGAACGUGAUCCGGGAAGAUGGUUCGGUCUUUUAUAUUAAGAAAGAUGAUUGGAUCGAGCGCCCCUGGACACAAGGAAAAAUACUAUUUGAUUCAUACGCGAACCAGCCUGAAAUUUCCGCUGAGAAGUUUCAAUCAGCUCAACGGGCCAUGGGCAUAAAAUGA